AAAAGGAGGUGAUCCCUGUGGGACCAAUUGGAUCAACAUGUCGUUGGCAUACAAGUUGGGACGAGAAGGGGCGCAAUAUGAUCUCUCAUAUAUAUGUUACUCACGGCGACAGCCACAUUAAAUCUAUUCAGUUUAUUUAUUUCCACGACGAAGCUCCAGCUAUGUCUGCAAAGCACGGCGCUUGUGGAGGUUGGCCUCAUCUUCGUGGAAGGACACAAUUCAAAAUGAUAAGACUGAAUCACGAUGAGUAUGUGACUGGGUUAAGUGGAAUAGAUUGUGAUUUAAGUAUCACGUCGUUGACAUUUUACACUAACAAGAGGAAACAUGGUCCGAUUUGUAAGAUAUAUGAUCAUCCUAAAAGCUGGAAGAGCGAAAUUAAUGUGGGGAUACGUGAUCGUCGUGAGUUUGGUGGUUUCUUUGGGUCUUUCUGCGAUAUUCGUGGCUGUCUGAGUUCCAUUGGUAUUUAUUUCUGUCCCGUCACAAGCAUCAAUGGCACAGUCCUCAGUACCAAGUAUACAGUCACGGACGACGAUGACGACCAGCUCACUCUCUACCAAUCAUCAGAUUCUAUAGCCACAAUCAACCAUAGACAGACACUUGAGUAUCAACGCCUGGAGUUCCUCGAUGGUUCUCAUGUCAAUUCCAUUGGUCACCUUACUAUCAGAUCCAUGGAGAUGGUUAGGAUGGGGCCGAUUGGUCAGCAGCAGUAUCACCAUCUCGGUUGGGCUGACAAUGUGAUAUCACAUAUAAACGUCUCGGGAGUAACAUCCAUUCAGUUCGGAUAUGUCGAGAAUGGAGCUCUGUUGAGGCUGAACCAUGAGUCGGAGUUUGUGACCGGGAUAAGUGGGCAGCAAUCUUCUGGAAAAUUGGGUGAUGAGAAGAGGGAGUUUCAUUUGGGGAUGCUUGAAGGCCGUGAAUUUGGAGGUUGUGUUCCCGAGCUUCGGGGAACGUUACCUCUCGACCCAGCUUUUUCAGUCGAUUCGAGAAGAGUGUGAGCAAAUGCAGCCUGAGCUUUGAGUUUCUUCUGUAAUUUCUUGACCAACAAAGGAACCUCUUCUUUGAUUUAUUAUUCCUUGUUUUUCUCCUAAUAGACGUCUCUGCAAAAAAAUCUCUACGUCUACUGUAUAUUUGCAAUGUGCAACGCAAUUUGGUGUUUGUUUAUUAAUAAAAGCAUAAAGAGGUU